GGCAUAUUGUCAGAAGACAAGAGAAGCAUUCAUUAAGGCAGAGAUUGAUUCACAGUGCUAUAGGCAGAGAGGUGGGCUUGGAAACCCCCACCCACCCCCACCAGCCAAGCUGUCUGAGGUGUAGAGAAGAAAAAUAUAUAUACUAGUAAUCCCUUUGAUUCUUGUGCUGAGAGGAAUGUCCUUUCCCAGGCAGCUGCGAGGAGAGAGUGAUUUCGACCAGCUUCCAGAUGAUGUACCUGUUUGUGCUAAUAUUGCAGACAUUGAAGAGAAGAGAGGCUUCUCUAGUUACUAUGUAUUUGUGAUUGAGGUGAAAACAAAAGGUGGGGGAAGGUACAUGAUCUUCCGCCGUUACAGCCAGUUCUAUAACUUGCACACCAAGCUAGAGGAAAAUUAUGGUCCAGAAAACAAAAACAGCCGCUUUACCUGCACACUCCCCGUCUUGCCAGGAAAAGUUUAUGUUGGCGCAAAGAAAGAGAUUGCAGAAAGCCGAAUCCCUGCACUCAACAUGUACAUGAAGAAACUGCUUAGCCUGCCAGCUUGGGUGCUGUUAGAUGAAGAUGUCCGACUGUUUUUCUACCAGUCAGACUUUGACAGUCAGCAGGUACCUCAGGGGCUGCGGAGGCUUCGCCCACGCACUCGGCGCGUCAAGAGCAUUUCUCCUCAGGAACCAGGCUUUGACAGACUGGCAGCUGCACGGGCUGAGGCAUUGUUUGAUUUUACUGGGUCUAAUAAACUGGAACUGAGCUUCAAGAAGGGGGACCUGAUCUAUUUACUCAGCAGGGUCAACAAGGACUGGUUUGAGGGAACUGUCCGAGAUGCCACUGGCAUUUUCCCUUGUGCUUUUGUGGCUAUCAUCAAAGAUCUCCCGCAAGAAGAUGAUCCUAUCAACUGGUUGCGCUGCUAUUACCAUGAAGAGAAUGCCAGCACCAUCAGGGACAUAUCGGUGGAAGAGGACUUAAGCAGUACCCCAUUAUUCAAUGAUUUAAUGGAAUUAAUAAGGAGAGAGUUUGGACGUGAUGAUAUUGCCCUGAAUUACCAUGAUGCCGAGGGAGAUCUCAUCCGUCUGCUGUCUGAUGAGGAUGUUGUCCUCAUGGUGAUGCAGGGCAGGAGCUGGCCUUUUGAGAAGCAUAUCUUUCCGUGGAAACUCCACGUCACCCAGGAAGAUGAUUACAGUGUCUACAACCCUGCAGGAUUUGCUGUCUCAACACAAACAACAACAGGGCCAUGACCCUUCACUACCCCUGCUGCUUCAACAGGAAAGAAUAGUCCUAAAACAAACUGGAACAAUGAGGAAUUGACCUGCUAUACACAUUAAGAAAACUCAUUAUGUGAAUUAAGAUUGGUGGCUAGGGCUGCUUAAGAACAUACAGACAUUAUCAUGGGAUUAGACCAGGAGUGGACAACAUGUGGUGCAUGAGCCACAUGCAGCCUAUGGAAGCUGCCAGUGCAGCUCCCCUUGGAUGCUUUGCUCUCCUAAUUCUCACCUUCUCCAUUCCUCUGCACCUGCAACUAUCCCACUAACACAGGGCACACAAAGAGCUUCUUCCCCAUGGCCCUGUGUAACAGCAGAACUGGGCUCCCUCACAAUCCAUCAAUCAGUGGGCUGGCAGGAGCCCAAUCCUGUUGGGAAAUAAGUGUGCAAGGAGGACCUUCCUCACAUGCUCAUUUCCCAGGAGAAUCAGAGUACAGCUGAUUGGGGGACUGGCAGGAACCCAAUUCUGCUUCUAGGGGCUGGUAGGAGCAGAACAUGAUUGCUUGGAGGAAGGGAAGUGAAAGCCUCUUGCACCUCCCAACAAUCAUGAUCCAAGUUGCUGAGUUGGGGUCAACUGGGGCAAACGCUGACUCUCCAAUCCCAGUGACUUGGAUCAUGAUCAUUGGGAAGAAGAAGAG